UUUUUUAUUUUUUUUCAUUGGGAAUUAUAAUAAUAAUAAUAUAAUAGAAAAAAUAAAUAUUUUAUAGUAUUAAUAAAGUUUUUUUUUUUUUUUAAUAGUAAUAAUUAUCUUAAAAUAAAUUAAAAAAAAAAAAAAAAUCGAAUAGUAAAAAUAAAAAUGAACAUAAUAAAUUAUUUUAAACAACAUUCAAAUGGAUCUAAUAGUUCAAGUCAUUACUCAAAUAAAACAAGUUUUGUUCCAUCACCAGUACUAUAUAUGACACCAAUGGCUCCUAUAGAUUAUGGUUGUCCAGAUGAUAUUUUAGACGAUGGGAAAAGUGAUUCAAAUAUGACACCAAACUCUCAAACUACAAGUCCAAUGUUUACAGGUGAAAACGAAGCUUUUGGAGCAUUAGAAUUUUUAGAUAGUUUAAAUUUUGAAUUAAAAUAUGGUUCUCAUGUUUCACAGGGAAAUAGAAAAUAUAUGGAAGACCGUCAUAAAAUUAAAAUUGGUUUAGAUAAUAAUCAACAUUUAUCAUUAUUUGGUGUGUUUGAUGGUCACGGGGGCGAAAGAGCAUCAAAUUUUGUUAAAAAGAAAAUUGUAAAUUGUUUAAAUAAAUUUGUAAAAGAAAAUAAAGCAGGAUAUUCAAGUAAAAAUUCAUAUACAUCCCCAACUAAUUCAAAUUGUUCAUCAUCAUCAUCAACAUCAUCAACAACAUCGACUACACCAUCAACAUCAUCAGUUACAUCACCACCUUCAAAUAUAAUCUCACAUCAAAUAAAUGGUUCAUCAUCAUCAGUUGGCCCAUCUGCAUUAAAUUCAUCCACAGGUAUUGGUGGAGGUCAUUGCUUUCAAAACCCACCAAAUUCACAACCAUUAUUAAUUGUUGCAAAUGCUGGUGACUCACGUGGUGUUUUAUGUAGAAAUGGUAAAGCUCUACCAUUAAGUUAUGACCAUAAACCAGGUAAUCCAAAAGAAAAACAAAGAAUUUCAUCAGCAGGAGGUAAAAUUGAAUGGGAUUACAAUGAAAGAAUUUGGAGAGUUUCGGGUAUUUUAUCAGUUUCAAGGGGUAUUGGAGAUAUUCCAUUAAAGAAAUGGGUAAUCUGUGAUCCAGAGUUUGUAGUAUUCCCUCUAAAAGGACCAAGCAUUAGAAGAAAUAGAGUUCAUUAUACUAGUAGCUCCGCAUCAGCUUCCCCAACAUCCUCAACACCCAAAGCAUUUAAAUCAUCACCACAAAUGAAUUCAAGAUUCUUUUUUUCACCAUCAUUUAAAAACAAACCAGUUACUGGUUCACCAUCACAAUCAAAUAGUCCUCAAAUAUUUACACCAUACAUUAAUCAAUCAAAUUAUCAACAAAAUAAUGGUAUUUCAUCACCAUCAUCAAGUAUCGCAUCUGAAACACCAUCUUUAAAUUCAACCGAUCAUAGAAAUCAUAAUCAUUCAAAUAUAAAUAAUCAUAGUUUAUUAACACCACCACCAUCUUCAAUUAGUCACCACAAUCACCAUCAUCAACAUAAAAUGUACUAUUGUUCAAAUCAUCAAUUUAAUUAUGGCGAAGUUGAUCAAUUUUUUGUUUUAGCAACUGAUGGUAUUUGGGAUGUUUUUGAAAACCAAGAAUUGGUAGAUUUUAUAAAUGAAAAUAUUGAAGAGUUUUAUCAUUCAAAAAGAAUCGAUUGGGAUGCCAAUGAAAUUUCAAAAAAAGUAGUUCAAGAAGCCUAUAGAAGAGGAAGUGGUGAUAAUACCACCGUUUUAAUUAUAAAAUUAUAUUGGUAAAAAAAUAUUUUU